UUCUUCACCCAUUUUACAACUAUGGUAUAAGAAACGUUAUAAAAAUUCGCGGGAAAGAUUUAUGGGACGCAGCGAAGCGAUUCCGCGGGCUAAUCAGCUUCACAAACUUUAACAACAGGCUGUUUCGUUUGUUUUGAUUUUGCUCUUGCUUCUUAGGCAACAUGAGUCGGAAAACAAAGAUGUCUAAAUGUCUCCAAGAGGAGCUGAAGAAUGGGGUUCAAAAAACGUCCGAGGAACUUUUGCAGUCCUCCGGAAGUCUUGAUGUGUCUUCGAUAGAGAAAGCCAGUUUCCUUCAAGGAGAGCAGUAUUCUUCCCACGGUAACCCUCUACAUAGCACUGCUUUAGAAGGACACAGCCCCGAACCUAACGGUGAUCAAAUGUCUAAUGCGGAGAGGAAUGCGGGCAAAGGAAGAGCUGACCAUAGCGGCACAGUGACUCCGAAAAGACUGGUCCGUUCAGAGAAGGGUCUGGCCAAAACAAAACAGAAAAGUGGUGUCCAGGAAAAGCUGAAGAGCUCAAAUUCUACAGCGAGUCAAAGGCCAUCACAGCAAACGCACCAAGCACCAAAAUACCAAACUCGACAUACGCGGACCAUCUCAGAGAGCAAAGAAAAAAGACGGAAAAGUGCAGAUUCUGAAGUCUCAGGGGCAGCAGUGUCUAACGAUCCAACCACUGAUGGUUCUGCAGGUGUGGUGUCACGUGACCUUAGCCAGCAGCGGCAAUUUGUGUCCUCGGAGGAAUUGACAGAUGAGGACGAGAGUUUUGAUCCAAAUAAUGAGAAACGCAGAUCAUCCAGUGUGAGACUUCAGAAAAGGCAGAGGUCAUUCUCCAGGCACCUGAAGAAAGGUCCAAAACAAAAGAGGAAGUCUUCAUCUGGAUCCUCAGAUGGUGGAAACCUCAGUAAGAAGACGAACCGUGCUGCUGUGAGAAAUUUGAUUGAUCUGGAUGUCAUUCUUGAAGCAUUCCAGCAAUUUGUCACAGAGUACAAGGAGACAGUUAACUCUGAACCUGUUAAACAAGCCAUAGAUACAGUCUCUCACUCAUUUGAAGAGCAGCUCAAUGAUAUGAUUACAGCAGCUAAGGAGUGCAGCAGUGCGAAGCGGAGUGCGGUGAAGAUUAAUAGUACCCUGAACUGCAAGAAGUCUAGACUGUUGGAGGUUAAAAACGAACUAAUCAAGACUGAAGCAGAGCUGGGGAAAUUGCAGAAAGAGUACGGUCAGCUUGAGCAGAGGCUAACAGCCCUAACACAGGGCACCACCUUCCUCACUAACCUGAAGGAGCUGAACAGGAGGUACCUGCAGCAACGCUCCGCUCACCCCGAGGACCCUGAAACGUAUGGCCCAUCCUGCUUGCCUGCAAUGCUGUUGGAGGCCAGGAGCAUCAUGGGAACUGAAAACCAACUAAAGAUGAUCAAUGACAAGAUGCAGCAAUAUUUAGAGGAAACUGGUCACAAGUAGCAUUGCUCUUACAAAAAAGCAAAUCAGUGAAUGUAAAUGGUUUAAAAUACAAAAUAUUAUAGCUUCAGCAAUGAAUAUAGUGUGUCAGAAUGAUAUGGUUAUCAAUUUUGUUCAUUGAAUUUGUCAAUAUACAAAUCAUGUAAUGUCAGAUGGUGAUAUGUCUGCUGUUUUGAGAGGAAGAUUGAUUGAUUAAUAAAUAACUUCAGCUUUAUCAUUAAGCAUAUUAUGAACACAAUAUAAAUAAACAUACUGAAGUGCAUCUAAAGACUUUAGCCUUUGACAAAGAUGUAUAGCAACUGAACUGGAGAGAGUGUUCGUCCUAGACUAGCCUGUUUUCAAGGGUGUAGAAACCCUGAACAUGUAUCAGAAAGCAGUGGAAAGUUGUUACAUUGUAUCAUUGUUGAUUUGUAGAAGGUGUGCAACAAGUCUGUAUAUAAGAACUGUAAGUCUGUUCAAUAAAAGGUUUUUAAAAGA